CAAUUCCUCUGACUUUCCUCCCUCUGUCCUUCCCGCACACGCCGCAGGGCAACAGAACCAAUGUGAAGUCUGCCUAUUCCUCCUUUCCUUGAACACUUUUUCUGAGCACCAACUGUAUACCAGACAGUACCCCUAGAGGUGCUCUGGAGGUAACGGAUGCAGGGUUGAGCAGGACAGGACACAGAAAGCACAAGCUCCGUGAGGGAGGGACAUUUUGUCAGCUUUGUUCACUUGCAGCUUCUGGCACACGGAAACGCCUUCAGUACUGAGAGCACGGUCGGUGUUUGCGGCCUGUUCAGACACCUUUGAUUAAAAAGGUGAUUGCACAAUUAACUGAUGACUGUUGUGAGCGCUCCAGAGGAGAUAUGCCAGGCCCAGACUGUCCUACUUAACCAGCUGGCUCUUAAUCUUCCCAAAUGCCACAAACUUCAUUGCCCUCAAUUUACCCCUGGGAAGACUGAGGGACAGAGGACAGUCUAGACAGCCGUACCCUUUCUUACUUUGGGUGGGUCCCAGCCUGCAACAUUCUGCCCCUACUCUUUGGUUACCUCGUGUUCACGGUUCAGGUCUCCAGCAAAGGGCACCUCCUCCAGGAAGCCUUCCCUGAUCGUCUUCCCAACUCCCUGCUCCCCUGGUUAUGAGUCUGUCUCCCCUGCUGACUGCGAAACCCUGAGGAUGGGAAGCAUGUGGACUCCGUUCCUCCUCAUCUACCUUUAGUACCUGGCUCUGCCUGGCAACAGGGUCAAGAGCAAAUGAAUGUUGGUUGAAUGAAUAAAUGAGAGCAUACUGAGCAGAGUGGAAAGGUGAGUGGCCCUGGGGCAUUAUGGGUAACAUCCUUCUCACCGGUGCUCAUGUCUGCAGCACGCGGGCAGGAGAGGCAGAGCGUGUGAGGAUCCUGGAGGCUGACUUUAUGGUGCUGCGGGGCGACUGGCGGGUCCUCCCCUGCCCGUGCCCCGCUCUCUGUGCCUCUCACAUGAUGCUGUCACAUUCUAUGGCAGAAUUUUGUGUCUGUCUCAAAUGGGUGUGGGUUUUGGAGUCAAUUCACUUGGAGUGCAACCAGAUGAACGUUGCUGAGCCUGUUUCCUCAUCUGCAAGAGUGAUGGAAGAGAGCCUGCCAGGAAGUCACUGUGAGGAUUCCAGCCUCCACCCCCCAUCUGGAAAGGAGGUUAACGAGAGCCCCGGCAACUGAGGAACAUGGUUUAAGGCAGACAGAACUCAGCCCAGCAGCUGGCACCUAGCAGGUACUUGUGAAACAAGAACCUUGUUAAACAGCGGGUGACAUUCAUGGAGCGUUUCCUCCAGGCAGGCACCGUCCCAAGUUCUUACACCCCGGUCUACUGUUAUUCUCUUAAUACUAAAAGUAAUUCCCGCUAUCAUUCCGAUGUUCAAAUGAUGCCAGGAAGCUAUCAAGUGUCAGAGCUGUGCGUGAGGAGCUGGGGUCCAGAGUUUCCAUGGCAACCCCCCGGCCAAAUGUCCAGAGCUUCCCGAGGGUGGACACUGGGCCUUCUUUGGACCUCCUUGGGUGCCUGUGCAUAGUAGGUGUGCUGAAUAGAAUAGAGGCUAUGGUACCCCGUGCAGCUCCCGGGGACCCUCUGGGUAUGAGGGGGAAAGAGUCCCUCUGGGGUAGAAUACAGCCUCCUGCCAGGCACCCUGGGUAGGUUGUGGCCAGCCUCUGCUCCCUUUCCCAGCCUGGUCUGUUCUAUUGCCGGUGAGUGGCCCUAGUCCCCCUCCCCUGACGUGGCCCAGCCCCUCCUCUCCAGCCUUGGCAACCCAGCCCUCAUUGGCUGCACGUAUCCUUGGAGAUGGACACCAGCAGAGCAAACACAGGCCCAAGAAGGGCUACGGGGCAGAAUGGUUCCUCCCUCUCCUCUCCUUCCCCCUCACUGCCAUGAGAGAUCUGUGCACCACCCAGAACCAAGCCUGCUGGCAAGAGUGCAUCCGGAAGGAGGCCGCAGCCCGGGUCGCCUGGAAGAUCCACUAUGGCCACAAGUACCUAAAGGGGGGGCCCACGCCCAGGAAGCGGGUCCAGCGGGCCCCCUUCGGCUCAGCCUUGGCUGCCACCAGCUCCACUGAGAGCAAGGAGGUACAGGUCGGGUGGCCAGAGUCCAAGGGGGUCAGGGAUCAGCUGUCUGGGGGAGGGGGUGUCCAGGGCCCGUCGCCCAAGGGAAACAAAGUCUGGGAGGCCCAAAGAGCAACUCAAGGGCCGUCAGUCCAGCCCAAGCCAGAGGGCUUAGAAAUGAGGCAGGUUCCCCCCAGCACCCUGCAGUUGUUCUUCCAAGGCCUCUCUCACGAUGGCCAAGGCCGGGCCUUGUACCUCCGGGAGCGGCAUCGCCAGAAGCCUGAGGAGAAGUUUCUGUACCCGAUCCUGUCAUCCUGGGAGUACGGCUGGCACGUGGGGGACACAGGUGCCAUGAAGGACACCAGGGCUCCGACUUAUGCCAGGCGCCAGCCCAUCACAAAGACCUUUUACAUCAAAAGCGGCGUCUUCCAUUUUCCACGGCGAACAGACCAGCUAAUGUGAACUCGCUGGGGGUUCAGAAGCUGCUCCUGCCUCUUCCUAUCGUCUGUGUGGACCCUGCCGAGCAGAGAUGCCGCCAGCCGCAGCCACCCUCCCUCUGUUGUGUCCAGCCCUGUCUCCUGUCUCCCCUGGGCACCCCUCCGGGAUUCAGGGUGGCCCACCUGCUGCCUCUCGUAUGUCCUCAGAGAAUCAGCUCCUUGCAGAGCCCCCAAACCCUCCAUCACCAGCAACGUGUAGGGUGCUAGCUGCUCUCCUGGGGGAAACAGUGGGGUCUCCCGCGUGCUCCAGCAGCAGCGUGG